UGUCUACAGUAUUGGGUACACGACAGAGGGCCGCUGAGAACGCGCAGACCUGGCUUCCUGGCGGACGAAGUCUGCACUGGGCCUGGGGGUUGGCGGGAGGGUCCGGAGCCUGGUCAGCGCGCCCUGCAAGUAGGAGUCGGGCUCCAGAGACUCGGAGGAGAGCCGGGAGAAGCCCGGCCUAGGCCCCGCGGAGAUGUCUGGCUGCGGCGCUUGCAGUUGCGGAGCGGUCGCCGCGCGGUUCAUCACUUCCUCGCUUGCCUCCGCGCCGAGAGGUAUUUCUUGUGGUCGCAUUCAUAUACCUGUUUUAGGAAGGCUUGGGACCUUUGAAACUCAGAUUCUACGAAGAGUUCCUUUUAGAACCUUUACAGAAACACCAGCAUGUUUAGCCUCAAAAGAUGGGAUAAGUAAAGAUGGCUCUGGAGAUGCAAAUAAGAAAUCAGCAAGUGAGGGAAGCAGUAAAAAAUCAGGCUCUGGGAAUUCUGGGAAAGGUGGAAACCAGCUACGCUGCCCUAAAUGUGGUGACUUGUGCACACAUGUAGAGACCUUUGUGUCAUCCACCCGUUUUGUGAAGUGUGAAAAAUGUCAUCAUUUUUUUGUUGUGCUAUCUGAAGCAGACUCAAAGAAAAGCAUAAUUAAAGAACCAGAAUCCGCAGCAGAAGCUGUAAAAUUGGCAUUCCAACAGAAACCACCUCCCCCCCCCAAGAAGAUUUAUAACUACCUCGACAAGUAUGUUGUUGGCCAGUCAUUUGCUAAGAAGGUGCUUUCAGUUGCCGUGUACAAUCAUUACAAGAGAAUAUAUAAUAAUAUUCCAACUAAUGUGAGGCAGCAAGCAGAGGUUGAGAAGCAGACAUCAUUAACUCCUAGAGAGUUAGAAAUAAGAAGACGAGAGGAUGAGUACAGAUUUACAAAAUUGCUUCAGAUAGCUGGAAUUAGUCCACAUGGUAAUGCUUUAGGAGCAUCAAUGCAGCAACAGGUAAAUCAACAAAUGCCUCAGGAAAAACGAGGAGGUGAAGUAUUGGAUUCUGCCCAUGAUGACAUAAAACUUGAAAAGAGUAAUAUUUUGCUGCUUGGACCAACUGGGUCAGGUAAAACUCUGCUGGCACAAACUCUAGCUAAAUGCCUUGAUGUUCCUUUUGCUAUCUGUGACUGUACAACUUUGACUCAGGCUGGAUAUGUAGGUGAAGAUAUUGAAUCUGUGAUUGCCAAACUGCUCCAAGAUGCCAAUUACAAUGUAGAAAAAGCACAACAAGGAAUUGUCUUUCUGGAUGAAGUAGAUAAGAUUGGCAGUGUGCCAGGCAUUCAUCAGUUACGGGAUGUAGGUGGAGAAGGCGUUCAGCAAGGCUUAUUGAAACUACUAGAAGGCACAAUAGUCAAUGUUCCAGAAAAGAAUUCCCGCAAGUUACGUGGAGAAACAGUACAAGUUGAUACAACAAACAUCCUGUUUGUUGCAUCUGGUGCUUUCAAUGGUUUAGAUAGAAUCAUCAGCAGGAGGAAAAAUGAAAAGUAUCUUGGAUUUGGAACACCAUCAAAUCUUGGAAAAGGCAGAAGGGCUGCAGCUGCUGCAGACCUUGCCAAUCGAAGUGGCGAAUCAAAUACUCACCAAGACAUUGAAGAAAAAGAUCGAUUAUUACGUCAUGUAGAAGCAAGAGAUCUCAUUGAAUUUGGCAUGAUUCCUGAGUUUGUGGGACGGUUGCCUGUUGUAGUUCCUUUACAUAGCCUAGAUGAGAAAACACUUGUACAAAUACUAACUGAGCCGCGUAAUGCUGUUAUUCCUCAGUACCAGGCCUUAUUCAGCAUGGAUAAGUGUGAACUGAAUGUUACUGAGGAUGCUUUGAAAGCUAUAGCCAGAUUGGCACUAGAACGAAAAACAGGUGCACGAGGUCUUCGGUCCAUAAUGGAAAAGCUAUUAUUAGAACCAAUGUUUGAAGUCCCUAAUUCUGAUAUUGUAUGUGUGGAGGUUGACAAAGAAGUAGUAGAAGGAAAAAAGGAACCAGGAUACAUCCGGGCUCCAACAAAAGAAUCCUCUGAAGAGGAGUAUGAUUCUGGAGUUGAAGAAGAAGGAUGGCCUCGCCAGGCAGAUGCUGCAAACAGCUAAAUUGUCAGACUUUUGUCCUGUAUAUAAAGCUUUCCUUCUGUGUUUAGGAUCAUAACUGUCUCUGCAGUCUGACAUUAAAAGCAUUGGAUCUGUCUUGGAUAUCAUACAUGGUCAGAAGCCUUUAGAAUAAAAAUCAGAUCAUGUAUAUUAAGUAACAUCACAUUGAUUGGUACAAAAGACAUUAUGUGGACUUUAAUGACACAGUGUUCAGCGAUAAAAUGUACAUUAUUUUGGUUCAGUUUUUAAAAAAAAAUGCUAAAACAAAAUUCUAAGGAGUUCUUUGGCAAUGCAGAUGUUGCAAUAACUAUUUUACAAUAAUGUUACUCUACAAAUGGGAAAAUAAAUUCUUUAAAAUUGAAGAUCGAAAUACCAUUCUUUAAUCUUUUUUACCCUUAUUUGUUUCCUGAAAAUAUUAGAAUUUUAUUUACCUUAAACAUUGGAAGAGGUAGUUUCCAAGUAGUUAAAAUUUUCAUGGAAAAAGUAUCCUGAAGAACCUAUUUUAACGAUUUGUUUAGCUGUAUUCUUAUUCUUACCUGCUAAGCAUGACACUAACUUCCCAAUUGGUACUAUAAGAAAGGCCAAUCUUUUCUGACUUUUCUGAUUUAUUUGCCAUCUUUAACGCAUUUUAGUACCAGGAGUGAGCAGAUGGAAUUGAAGUCUGCCAUAAAUCUUCAGAAAAAGACUACAUUUAAUACUAAAAGUAGCAUGCAGCGUCAGUCAUAAUAACAGCCAUGUGCUGAACUAAAUAAAAUAUCUUAAUAUUGUGCAUUUACCUAAAAUACUCAGCUAAUUUUUUGUUUUGUUUUUCUGUGUGCUGGAUAUUUGUCUAAUUUUUUGGCUUCAUAGAACAUUAAAGAAAACUGCUUUGCUAUCAGUAUAAGUUAAUGCGGUCACACUACAAUAUAAGUUAUUAAUCCUUGUUAGAGGGUGGGGCAAAGGAUUUACAGUUCAUAUGGAAAAUAAUUACAAUAAUCUAUAAUAAUAAAAGCAUAAUAUGCUAAUUAGACAGGGCGUCCUUCUGGACGACCUUCGGAUGAACCAGGGGCUGCAAGGGCAGAGCCCCUUGCACAGAUUUUGUGCAUUGGGCCUCUAGUUAAUAAAUAAUAAUACAAGAGUAAACUGUUCCACAUACUCAACAACUGUAAACUUAUUUUUGCCCCAACCUGCAUAAAAUUAAACAGUGGGGGAAAUUUGGGGGACUUAAAAAUGAAAAUGACUUGUUUGCAUAAAUAUUAAAAUAUUUGGGUACCUUUUAAGCUUUUUCUUCCCUUCUAUAAUAUUGAUGUAAUUUUUUAUGCUAUUCAGUUCAAACUUAUUUGAAAUUGUUUAAAUCAAAGUACAUUGAAAUGUUUGUUUUUAUUUUUUGGUUUAUAGACUUUUUCCUUUUAUCCCCUUUUUCUCAGGAAGAGAACCUUAAGCUAUUAGCAAAUUCUAAAUCCUGUUAAGAGUUGGGCUUUCUAUGAUGUAAUAAGGGAUGUGAGAUAUCGAUGGCUGAGGUAGAACCAGAAAUGCACUUUUGCAGAGUGUUUAAGUCUGACUGCUAUAGUGUGGCACAGAAACAAGUAUCCUUGUUAGUCUCCAUAGGAAUGGUUAAGUUUUUCUCAGGAAGUCUUUCAUAUUAUAACUGUUCAUUAUCUUUCUCUUAUGACAUUAUUUUCCUUUUUGUAGAGUGAAAAUUGAAGUAGCUACUAAAUAUAUUAAGAGUAAUCCUCCAGAAAUGGACUUGGAGACGUUUUAGUCACAACUCACAUUUGGUUUGGAAGUUGUUAACAAAACAUAAUCAAUGUUUUUAAAUCAAACUCAACUGAGUAUAACUACGGUUUGUAUCUUGAAACUUAUGUUUUGGCAUUUGAAUAAAACAAAAGGACUAAAUGAA